AUGUAUGGCGUUCCUGGCAGGACCGUAUGCCCAAAACCAAACUGGGAUUCAUAUCGAAACCAACUAGAUGCACGUCGCUACGAAGUACGAGAAGUGCGUGACCCGUACGCUGGCAAACGAAGUGGCAGACAACUAGAGCGGUAUGAUGAUCGCCCCGAAUGCGAUGGAAAUGGCGUUCACAUAGCGAACGGAAUCAAAGAGCGAGCACGAGCCAUCAUGAAGAAAAUGGACCUGCGUUCCAGCAGUCGACGUCGUAAGGACUCACGUCACCGUGAGCCCGCGGCGAUGGUGAUCGGCGACCCUGUGUUAGUCUCGUAUGAUUCAGCAAGUCCGGAAUCGAUGAGGAUGUUGUCACGGCCCAAUCAUCUAGAUGCUCGCGCUCACGCUGGGACAACGAAUGGUGUGUCGGCCAUUACAGCUGCUGCUGACAGACAAGCUCGUAGCAAAAGUGCACGCCGUCAGGGUGUCGUGAUGCUGUCGCCGUCAUCACCGGAUUCUUCGGAAGACUCAUUCCUCUCAUCGGGUCAUCGGCGACCUCCAGGCACGUCGUCGAGCGCGCGACGAGAUCGCUCCGUGCCUCCUCAGCUGGUGGACAAUGAUUACGACUACGCACCCCAAGAACGUCUACGCAGGGAGCGGGGAUCGUAUGAACCAUAUCUUUUUCCAUCAUCGCCCGGCAACAUGAAUAGAAAUGCUGCACCGCCGCGGUUGAAUCGUCGUGCUCUGCAGCAGGCCUGUAGCCACCUUUGA